CGGCCCGCCCGCCCUGGCGCCGGCUGCCUGCCCCUCCCGCGCUUCCCCCGGGCUGCUCUGAGCAUCCCUCCGCCCCUCUUGCAUUUGUCUUAAUUCUUCUCAGAGACAAGAUGGCAACGCCGGCGGCGGUAAACCCUCCCGAAAUGGCCUCAGAUAUUCCUGGCUCGGUGGCCUUGCCAGUGGCUCCCAUGGCGAGUGGACAAGUGAGGAUGGCAGGAUCCAUGCCUUCCAGAGGAGGAAAGCGUCGCUCUGGAAUGGACUUUGAUGAUGAAGAUGGGGAAGGGCCCAGCAAAUUUUCAAGGUAUGAUGGUGAUCAAAUCACUGGUGAUAAGGAAAAGUUUGCAAGGGAGAAUCACAGUGAGAUUGAGAGGCGCAGGAGGAACAAGAUGACCCAGUACAUCACGGAGCUGUCGGACAUGGUGCCCACGUGCAGCGCCCUGGCUCGCAAGCCCGACAAGCUGACCAUCCUUCGCAUGGCUGUUUCCCACAUGAAAUCCAUGAGGGGAACUGGAAACAAAUCUACUGAUGGAGCUUACAAGCCUUCCUUUCUUACAGAACAGGAACUGAAACACCUUAUCCUGGAGGCUGCAGAUGGGUUCCUGUUUGUGGUUGCAGCUGAGACGGGCAGAGUGAUCUACGUGUCAGACUCGGUGACUCCGGUGCUGAACCAGCCGCAGUCGGAGUGGUUUGGCAGCACUUUGUACGAGCAGGUUCACCCAGAUGAUGUGGAAAAGCUGCGGGAGCAACUGUGUACAUCUGAAAACUCCAUGACAGGACGAAUCCUGGACUUGAAGACAGGGACAGUAAAGAAGGAAGGCCAGCAGUCCUCCAUGAGAAUGUGCAUGGGAUCCAGGCGCUCCUUCAUUUGCAGGAUGAGGUGUGGAAAUGCUCCUCUGGAUCAUUUACCUCUGAACAGAAUAACCACCAUGAGAAAAAGAUACAGGAAUGGCCUGGGCCCGGUGAAAGAAGGUGAAGCACAAUAUGCUGUUGUCCAUUGCACUGGCUAUAUCAAGGCUUGGCCACCAGCAGGAAUGACUAUACCAGAAGAAGAUGCUGAUGUGGGACAAGGUAGUAAAUACUGCCUCGUGGCAAUAGGAAGGCUUCAGGUGACCAGCUCUCCUGUGUGCAUGGACAUGAACGGCAUGUCGGUCCCCACGGAGUUCCUGUCCCGGCACAACUCGGAUGGAGUCAUCACCUUUGUGGACCCAAGGUGCAUCAGUGUCAUUGGCUACCAGCCCCAGGAUCUUCUGGGGAAAGAUAUUUUAGAAUUCUGCCAUCCUGAAGACCAAAGCCAUUUGCGAGAGAGCUUCCAACAGGUGGUGAAGCUGAAGGGUCAGGUCCUGUCGGUGAUGUAUCGGUUCCGCACCAAGAACCGGGAGUGGAUGCUGAUCAGAACCAGCAGCUUCACGUUUCAGAACCCUUACUCUGACGAGAUUGAAUACAUCAUCUGCACCAACACUAAUGUCAAACAACUUCAGCAACAGCAAGCAGAACUCGAAGUACAUCAAAGAGAUGGGCUGUCAUCCUAUGACUUAUCUCAGGUGCCUGUUCCAAGUAUACCAGCUAAUGUUCAUGAGGGUGGAAAGUCUGUGGAAAAGCCUGAUGCUAUCUUCUCCCAAGAGAGAGAUCCUAGAUUUGCUGAGAUGUUUGCUGGAAUAACUGCUUCAGAUAAAAAAAUGAUGGCCUCUGCAUCCACAGCAGGGAACCAGCAGCUUUACUCCCAGGGAAGCCCAUUUCAGCCAGGACACUCGGGAAAGACUUUCAGUUCAUCUGUGGUGCAUGUGCCUGGUGUCAACGACAUCCAGUCCUCGUCCUCAACGGGGCAGAACCUGACCCAGAUAUCGCGGCAGCUCAACCAGGGCCAGGUGGCCUGGACGGGAAACCGCCCUCCAUUUCCAGGACAGCAAAUUCCAUCUCAGUCUGGCAAGGCUCAGUCAUCUCCCUUUGGCAUUGGAACAAGUCACACCUACCCAGCUGACCCAUCAUCCUACAGCCCCCUGUCCAGCCCAGCCACCUCUUCUCCAAGUGGGAAUGCCUACUCCAGCUUAGCAAACCGAGGGGCAGGCUUUGCUGAAGGCGGCCAGAGCAGCGGGCAGUUCCAGGGCAGACCGUCCGAGGUGUGGUCGCAGUGGCAGAGCCAGCACCACAACCAGCAGAGCGGUGACCAGCACUCCCACCCACAGCCCAACCAGACCGAGGUGUUCCAGGACAUGCUGCCGAUGCCUGGGGAUCCCACACAGGGUACUGGCAAUUACAACAUUGAAGAUUUUGCUGACCUGGGCAUGUUUCCACCAUUUUCCGAGUAGCUUGCAAAGCAGAAAUGGAAGUUCUUCUACUCCAAGGCCAUUUCAGUGUAAUUUUGGCGCUGCUUUUUCUGUGUUGCAUUUCUGUAGAAGCUACUAAACCAGAAGACACAUUUCUCACAUUUCAGAUAGUGGUGUAGGGCUUGCUCUCUCCUCCUUGGGGUGCACCAGUGCCAACAGAGGAGCUCCAGCACUUGUUAGUGUUCAUUGACAGCUCCAUUUUUUUUUUAUUUUAUUGUCAUCUACCUCAGAGAUAAAAAUUUUGCUUGUUUUUUAAAAAAAAAAUCUCUGAGUCUCAAAUAUUUGAAUGUGAAUGAUGCAUAAUAUUUCCUUUGAAUGGUAAUUUUUCAAUAGAUAACAAAGUAACAAAGACUAACAGAGAAAAGGUAAGGUCAUGUCUCGUUACAGUGCCUACCGCUCAAUUUCGAUGCCUUGCUUUAAGCUUAAGUUUCUGGAAACAGACACAAUAUUCUGUUUUCUUUGGUUCUUGUAGGUUUUAGGUCACUUUAAAUGUUGAGAUUAAGCAACAUAAUGUAGGCCUCUCUCCACCAGAAGAUUCAGCUCUGCCUUUUCUAACUUAAACUUGAAUGUGUGUACAUUUUGGUACUUUAUGUAUAUCUUGUGCUGUAUGAAGUGAUUUCCUGUACUGGUUUCUUUUGCCUUUACAAAGGGUCCAUUCUGGAGUGUACUGGAAAGGUUGAUGAUGUAUGUGAAGGGUUUGAAUAUCGUGGGGGUCUCCAUCACUUCACAUAGGUGUUCUUACUUUUAAUUCAGGUGGUUCUCUAUUCAGAACAAACAUUUACUUACAUAAGCUAUUAGUCUGGUUUUGCACUGAAUUGAGGCCUAUAACCUUGUACAUUUCUCACUGGCUGCUUUAAUUAUUAUUGUUCUUGCUUUCCCAAAAAUAUUGCCUCUUAAAAGAUGACUGUAAACACAUUGAGAUUGCAUUUUCUAUAUUAGCUGCAUUUCCUUUCUGUGGAGUACUUUUUAUACUGUGAAACCUCACAUUUUAACUGUGGAAGGUGGUGGCCUGUUACUAGGAAAUCGUUCAAGCUCAUUUGCUGCAAGCAGUGAGAUGGUUUUGUAGUGUAUAAUUUUUUUAAAGUGAGUUGGUAAUAGAUAUUGAUUGGACUAUUGUCCACUGCAUACACGGUGAUAACUUGAAUUUUUGCUUGGAUUCCCAAGCAAAUGCUUCUGUUAACCCUGUUCUGUUAAAAAUGGCAUUUUCAGCAUACCAGGUUUGUUGAGGACUCUUGACUGCUCUGAAUGCUGUAUGCUUUUCCACAGAGGUAAGUUAAUCACCUUCCUCUUGGGCGAGUCACCUGCCAUAUAUCUUCAUGAGACAUGUGGUAGGAAUCUUUUUGUUCAGUAUUUCAUGUGCAUGAUGAGUUACAGAGGUUGGAUUGUCAGGAUUUUAUCCCGAUCAUUUCUUCUGGAAUGGGAGCACAAAGAAUCACUCACAAAGCCCCAAGUUCCUGCAUGCAGGUUGUUCAUGACCUCUGAGGUUGGGUGCAGAGGAGGAAGGGGCAGCUUCCCUCAGCUUUUGGGCAUUCAGGGAAGAGCAGCCCCAGCCCCCAUCCAGAAGAUCUCAGUGUGUGCAGCCAUUCUUAGACUUCACAGGAUUGAGCUCUGCCUUCUCAUAGCCCCUCUCAAACUGUGGGGUGUGUCUGAGUGGGGACAGGGUGCUCAUCACCACAGUCCAUAUUUUGGGGUGAGGUCCUGGGGGGCAGGCAGGCCCUGCUCUGUCCAGGCAGGGUUCAGGUGAGCCUGGCCUGGGACAGGGCUGGCACUGCUGGGGCUGUCCCAGCCUUCUCCCAGAUCUGCAUGCCGUGUUCAGUAGCCAGGAAGAGUCCUCCUUUCUAUUUCUGUCACUAAAUCUGGGACCAAUCUCUUACCCUAUGUGCAAGUGGGGCUAGGGAGUCUUUUAUUUUUAGGACAGUUUUGUAUAUCUCUAGAUGAGGUACUGGAGAGGCCUCAGAUCUCCUGGUCUGCACUUGCCUCACCAAAUCACACUGAGAACAAACAAAAAUCUUCCUAUCUCUUCUUCCCCAGAGAUCUGGAAAUACCAUCUUAGGUGAGCAAGCCAUGUGCUUAUGCACUUUGCUUUUAAAUACAUGGAUGUUUAUUCUCUUGGAGCCAUCCCCCUUUCCCCUCAUGCUGCUCAUGGAAUUGGAGAGGCAAAGGAAGUUCUGCUGUAAAGUUCACUGGUGUCUCUAAGAGGUGUCUGGGUGCUGCACCAGUAGUGAGGUGCUCAUUGUCUGUGCAGGGUUUUGAAAGUGGCUGCCUAUGAGGGAGGGAGAAGUAGGUGAGCAGUUUGUGUCUCUCCACAGAAGAUGCUUGACAUGAUAAAUGUCAGUUCUUCUGAAAUUUUUAUAAAUUUUUCCAUAAAGUGAAUAAUGAAUUCAGCUAAAAAGUGCUGUUCCUGUGUUUUAUUUUACCCAGCAAACUGCUCUGAGUAUAUUUAUAGUUUACUUUACUUCCUGAAUUCAAUUUAAAAAUAAGGUUUUAAAAGUCAUUUUCUUUCUCCUGACAUCAGCAAUGAUAACUUCCUCAGUGUGCUGUGGGUUUUUUACUACUGAAGAAGGCUUCCCGUGUACAGAUUUUGGUUGUGCAGUUCAAAGUGCACUGUUAGAAGAAACUUAAGCACAUUUCUCUUUUUCUUGUUGUUUUUUUUGACGUCAGUACACCUGAGGGAUCAGAGCAUGGACUGCUCCUCACCUUGUGGGCUCCUUCCUGCUUGGGGAAGGUGAUGGCUGCUCUGUCCAGGGCAGUGUGGGCAGUGCCAGCUUUGGGUCUUCCCUGUCAGCUGUUUCUGUUGUGCCAUCCCAAGCCAGCUCUUUACUCUUGGCAUUUCCACCCUUGCCCUGCUCCUCUGCCGUUCCUGGCCCCCCAUCUCCCCCAGCCUGGCUGGGAGGUGUUGGGCUGCCAUUCCCAGCCACGAGGAGGGAGCAAUCCUUGAGUUUGGCAGUCUGGUGCUUCUGAGGCAGAACUGCUGCAGGUGAGGCUUUGCUCAUGCUGCAGGUGAGGCUUUGUUCAUGCUGCAGGACAGGCUUUGCUGCAGGUGAGGCUUUGCUGCAAGAGAGGCUUUGUUCAUGCUGCAGGACAGGCUUUGCUGCAGGUGAGGCUUUGAUGCAAGAGAGGCUUUGCUCAUGCUGCAGGUGAGGCUCUGCCCUGCCCCUCUGUGUCCUUCCUGCCUGCUCCUCCCCAAGAGCCCCCAGGUGCUGUGGCUGACAGAGCUGUGUAGCCUUGGCUGUGCUGUAUCUUGUGUUUCCUUACUUAGCUUACUCUGUAGCUGCAGUUACAAGGUGCAUUGGGAAUGCUGAUGUUUUUAUUACGUGCUCUCAGUGUAGCUUUGUUGGCACUUUGGCUUCCAAUUUCCAGAAUUUCAUAGGUGGUGGAUUUCUCAUUCCUUUUGUGGGUUUUUUUCUAAGCUGGAAAUAAAGCUGAGAUUUCUGAUUGAACUGUUGCAAACACAGUGUUUCUUGAAACUGAAUCUUUUGGGUUUUAAAGUCAUGGAGCAGGAAACUGCAAAUAGUGAUGGUCUGGGUGAGUUAUUUCAAGGAGCAGACAUGUAGACUGAGACAGUUUUAGAUACUAAAAUAUUUAUAUUCAUUUAUUCAGAACAAUCCAAGACUCCAUCACAUUACUUGUACAAGUGCUACUGGCAGUACCUACAGUGAUGCUUUAACCAGAUAGUUCCAUUUGUAGCUUUGUUGCCUUUUCUUUUCUUUUGAAGUACAGUAUGAAACUGUAAAUACUUCUUGCAGAACUGCCUUUUUAACUCUUAAUUACUUUUGGCACAGUGUUAAAUAGUGUUGGAUUUACCCAAUUGCUAUGACAUAUAUUUUUAUACAUAGGUGUACUCUUUUUUCAAGAAUAAUACAGCCAUUUUGUCAUUAAUGCCUUAUUGGUGUCAUACUGCUGUUGCUCUUUGUUUGCAAGGUAUCGAGUGGACUAAUUUCUAGUUCAGAUAUUUUCACUUUUCCUGGCAGUGCUCAAGUUUGGCUUCAGGUGAUUUUUGCCAGAGCCCCAUUUUUCACAGUUGUUAACUGUGAGAAGAAGAGAAUGUGGGCUUGGGCUUGUUGCUGAUAAUGGAGCAAAGAAAAGGUGAUGGCGUCUAAUUGUCUUUAAAAGGUCAGACUUCUCCUACUCUAAACCAGAGUGCAUUUCAUGAAACUGAUGACCGUGGCACUGAUUACUUUGUGUAGAUUAAUGGUCUUUUAAAAAGAAAGGGAAAGGAAAAAAAAAAGGGAAACAACUCCAAAAAUGGGCUUCUGUCAUUGUUAGGCACUUGGUUACGUAUCUGUUUAAACUCUUCAUAUUGAUGUGAAAUUGUGCUGUGGAUAAAGUGUAUUUUGUACUUCUGAAUGUUCUAUAUUUAUGACUAACAAGUACAGAAUCAGUUGUGUGUAUGUAUAACUAAUAACUGCCUUUUUAAAUUUCAUUAAAAUAAAAAUGCCAUGAGUUGUUGUUAA